AUGGCUGAAGAAGAUUUCGAAAUCGAUAUCUACGGCGAUGAGAGCAACGACCAUCAGCAAGAUGACCACCGAGGCGAUGACAAUAACCAGGACCAUCACCAAGGCGAUGAUCGAAGGGAUAGCCAUGGUGACCAGAACAUGGAGGAGUACCACGCCGACAACCACCACCAUGCGGGAGACAGCCACAGUUCAAGUCAUCUUCAAGCGCAUGGUUCUCAACAGGGGACAAAGAGGAAACAGGAAGAUGAUGGCCGACCAGUUGACCAAUCUGCCACAACUUCGCUCAUGAUCUCGGAACUUAACUGGUGGAACACAGAUGAUGAUAUUCGAGGUUGGGCGCGAGAAGCCGACUGCGAAGACGAGAUUAAGGAUAUCACCUUCAGCGAACACAAGGUCAAUGGCAAAAGCAAGGGGUACGAUUUUCUUAGCUCCAACCAAGCUUACAUCGAGUUCUACUCGCCCCAAGCAUCUACAGCCACUAAGCGUCGUAUCGAACAGAUCAUAGCUGAAAGCCAAGGGGCCCAGAAGAAGCUCACCUUGACCUACUGGGCCACUACCAACAACCCCUUCAAAACCCUCCCCAAAGAUGCCCCUGCCAGAGGCAAGGAUCAAAACCGUGCACCAUCCGGCUCAUACAACAAUGACCGAGGCGGCGGUCAUAUGGGCGGUAACUUUGGUGGUGGUUUCCGAGGAGGAAGGGGUGGUGGCUACAACCGUGGUGGUAUGAACCAAGGUGGUUACAACCGGAACUUCAACAACAACAAUAAUAUGGGCGGCUACAAUAACAUGGGAGGUGGUUACAAUGGACCCAUGGGUGGCGGCGGCGGCGGUAACUUUGGCUUUAACAACCGCGGAGGUAUGAUGGGAGGGGGCAUGCGUGGUGGCCCUGGUGGUAUGCGAGGUGGUCGAGGAGGCAUGAUGGGCAUGAACCCCAUGGGUGGGAACAUGGGCGGGAUGCCUAUGGGGAUGCCUGGAAAUAUGGGCAUGGGCAUGAUGGGACCUAACGGUAUGCCUGGGUUCCAAGGAAUGCCUCCCAACUUCAACCCCGGCUUCGGCUUCAACCAGAACCAGGGCGGCGGCGAUUGGGGCAACCCUCAUGGAGCAAAGAGACCACGACCAGAGUAGUACCCCGUCGUUGGGCCUAAUAUUCCGCGCCAAAUGAUCCCAAUGGCGCUUCUGAGUACAAACACAAGCACAAGCACGGACAAAGGGAAUUCGGGACAGCAAUGAGAGUCUGAUAUGCGUGCAUUUAAUUCCGAUCUCUAGGCCAAAGACGAGUACGUUUUGGGAAGUUUGCGAACCCGCAUGAAUAUAUUAUCGAGUGAAAAAGGUUGAGGGAUAAUGGAAAGCAGUAACUGGGCACGUGUAACAUAGAUCAUGGAUGUUAAGGUUAGGGCAUUGGCGUCAACAAAGCGUUUUGUUUAAGUUUCGUGAGUCACUGAAGAGAAAGUUACCUACGUGAAUUGUGAUAUUGCCUAGAGUUGGC